AUCGUAUGUAACAAGUGUCGGCCCAAUAUAGUCUCGCGCCUGAUAUAUUUUAUUUAAAAUUUAUUUUUUAAGAAUAUGGCUUGAUGACAUUCCAACUAUGUUGACAUCCCAUCAAAUCAACAAUUAUCUACAACACCCUAAUUAAAAAUAUUAUUGAUAGGAAAUAAAUAAAACAAAAUGAUGGGGGGAACACCAACACAUUAAUUAAAGAAAACAGCUAAAUAUAAAGUUAAGGAGACUGGAUCUAUUACGAAUAGAGAUAUCCAUAAUAUAAAAUGGCAAUGAAUCUUACCAAAUUACCUUAUUACAUUGAAAACAUAUGUUGGCUAACUUAUCAGCAGCACAAUUGUUGCUUUCCUUAUUUUGGAUAUCAUUUGUUUAUUAAUUUCAAUUGCCCUCUUCUUCAAUUGUCAAUACAAAGCUUCCUGCCACCAAAUAUGUUGAUAUUGGAGACUCCCAUGAAACUAUUGCAAUAGAUGACAUUGACAAACUGAUCAAGGAGGACUCACUUCUUGCAUUUGAGAUGUUUCUUACUGGAGUGCCAAGUUUUUCCAUUAGAACAUUACUUCAAGAAUUGAAGACUUUGUUGGACUCAUCAUCAGACCUUGACCAUCUUGUAUCUAACAAAGAGUCCAAAUCGAAAUUGAUUUCUCUUUUGCAUGGAUUGAAUCAGCAUCAAGGACUCUUACCUUCUGAUGUGAAGGAGUUUGUUGAGAAAGUGAAGACCUUCUUCAUUGACAUCAUUAACAAACACGCCAGCCAUCAACAACUACUUAAGAAGCAUAAGCAACUUCUUGAUUUGAAACCUGGUCUUUUAAAGAAGCUUUUGAGUGCAAAGAGUAAGCAAUUCCACAUUGUCAGUGAAACUUCAACUGCCAAUGCUCAGAUACAUAAACGCUCUUUGGAAACUGAUGAACUUAGAAAACAGUUAGAAGAUCUUGAGAAUCAAAUAGAUGAUUUGAAGUCAGUAGUGAACAGAUGUAAUGUUCAGAAGGAAGAGUUGAACGCUGAAUGCAGUGAGUGGGCACAAAAAAGUAAAGAAUUUGCUUCUGCACUUGCAUCAAACGAUGUCGACUUAAGAGAAGCUGAACGUGCUAGGAAUUUGGCAACAGAAGGCUUUUCUAAUUUAAAGUCUUCAUUUCCUACAUAUUAGGAAGGAACCCCACAUGAAAAUAGGUUAGGGUACGAUUAUGGUGUUUGUUAAUGUCAUUUUGUUUAUGUAUGUGUUUAGUAAUGCGCUCUUUUUUCCUUCAUCUGGUUUUAUCCCAUUGGGUUUUACAGGUAAGGUUUUUAAUGAGGCAACUGUAUUACAAUAUUAUUCCCUUGUGCAUUGAUAUUU